AUGGACGCGAUGCUCGCCAAGAUCGAAGAAACCCCCUGUGGCCAUCGCGUGCGGGAGUACAUGGGGGCGAACGCCUGCGUCACAGUCGGCAGCAUGUGCAGCGGCACGGACUGCCCCAUCUGGUGCCUGCAGGCUUUGCAGAGAACCGCGGAGAUCCACGGUGUAACGUGGUUGGCACGGCACGUGUUCAGCGCCGAACUCAAGGCGGACAAGCGGGCAUUUAUCAAGAAGGUAUUCGGUGGGACCGUCGGCCACCUGUUCAAGGACAUGUGCGAACUCAGCAACGGUUCGGCUAGGUGCGAACUGCAUGGCUCCACUGUUGCUGCGCCCGCGGUGGACUGGUUGAUCGCCGGCUUCCCCUGCACCACGGUGUCGCAGCUGAACAAAGACGCAAGUAGCGAAGCAAACCGGAACACGAUCGAUACAGGCAUUGGCGACACGGGCAAAUGCUUCCGCUCCAUCGUGGAAUUCGUGAAGACGAAGAAACCCACUGGCAUCAUCUUGGAAAACGUACACGGCCUGCGUCGGAAUGGAUGCAUGCAAUCCUGCGUCGCUCGUCUUGCCAGCGUUGGGUACACCACUCGGGUCUACGAUCUGAACCCAUUAGAUUUUGGUUUCCCUCAAGAUCGGCCUCGGCUCUGGUUCGUUUGCGUACUGAGGACGGCAGUCCGCGAUACCGAGGAGCGCCUAGUGCAAAUUUUGGACACCGCGAUGGGUAUCUUGAAGUCUGGCCACGCCGUCAUGAAGUUCGAAGACUUCCUCGUCCCCAACAACCACCCCGUGUCGAAGCACUUCCACCGCGUCUGGGCUGAGAUGCCGCUGGACUUGCCCCUGCAGCUGCACGUCGACAAGGUGAAGCGGACCGGGAAGCAGUUCAAGUGGACAGGAGGCCACGCUCGGUAUUAUGGGCCCCGCUGGAACGAACAGACUGAGCUCCUAGCUGGCCAAGUGCGAGUCGGUUCCCCAGAGAGCUUCAGGAGCAUUCCAGCUCUACGCUCCUUGUCGCUCCGCGAGGUGGAUAUCCUCAUGUCCUCGUGCAAGGCCCUCCCAGAGGCAGACCCGCGCUUGAUGGACGUAGGCCAGAGCGCUGGCCGCGUGGACAGGACUAAGGCGGCGCGGAGGGGCGUCGAGGCGUCGAGCGGGGGCGAGGACGUCACGUCCACAAUUACACCCAAAGGGAAAUUAUUUCACACUGGCAUCAUGCGGCCUCUAUUCGGUUGCGAGAAGAUGCGGCUGCAAGGCAUGUUCCUGGGGGAGGAGUUGGAGGAGUUUUUCGAUGACAACUUGCUCUCCUCCUUGGCGGGCAACGCCUUUUCUGCCGCCUGCUGCUCCGCUGCCAUCGUGACCUUGAUGGCUGGGCUCGGGCGCGGUAGCGGCCCCGCGGCCGAGGGGCCCGCGGCGGCCGCAAGCGCGGCCGGGGCGAGUCGGGCAGAGGACUCGUGGAUGGAUGUCGUUCUCGGACGGGAGGAGCUCGCCGAAGCGUGCCACGACCCGAAGUGCAGGUUCUGUAAGCGCUUCCGGUAUAAUCGGCAGCAGGCCACUAAAGGCGUCACGAAGGGGGAUCUGGAGAAGGGCUUGCAGGACCCGGAGAAGCAGGCUCUCUGGAACGAGGACAUCGCCACCCUGGAGGCCCACUACGAGGAGCAAGAUGACGACGGUGACCAGGGCUCCGCGGGACGGGUAAAGAAGCAGCGGCGUCUGCGCAGCAUCGACAACCUACCUUUGAACAACAUCCAGGUUGACGUCAAGGUCAGGGACACGUCCGCCUUCAACACGGAGGAGUGCCUCGGCAAUUUCUGGCCCGCGGAGCUUGCGAAGGAGCACUUCCCCGAGGAGGUCAAGAAGUUGAAGAAGGGUGCCUGGAUGGAGAUCGAGCACAUGGGCCAGAAGAUCCAAGGGAUCGUGAAGCAGCCUUCCGCGGGCUGGGUGAUCGGCGUCAUCAAGUUGACGAACAAGAGCAGCCUGGCGGUUUCGAAGGACACCCUCGUUAAGCGGAAGAGUGAAGACAUCAGGGCCGGAGAGACAGAGGACGUGUUCGAGAGUGCGAAGAAACGCGUUCGCUGCAAGUCCAGCGGCGUCGCAGUCGUUGACCAUGCGGCCGAGCAAGGCUUCGUUGAGGCCAAGGGCAAAGCGCAGGAUCGCAAGGUGCUGAAGAGGACAGGCUCGGACACGACCGACGAUGAGCACUUCCUGGACACGAUCCUGGGCAAGGCCAGGAUCGCGAGCAAGAGAGGAGGGGCUUCAGGGAAGGAAAAGGACGAGGACGGCGAACAUAAAGGAACGAAGGAGAAGAAGGACAAGCGAGGCACCGAGGCCGGGAGCAGGGCCGCGGGGAGCGGCGGGAUCCCUAUUAUCAGCUUGCUGCCGCCGCCCGACUCCAAGACGAAGAACUCGGCAGUAAAGGGCAACAAGGAGAAGCAGAAUGCUGAGGUAUUGCUGUUCGGUUCCCGGCAAAUGUUCGCCACGGCUUCCAAUGGGAAAUUGCUUUCGUCACUGACGGAAAAGAGCGUGCAGGGUCAAAUCAACAAGUUCGGCACCGCGCUGGACCCCGCCAAGACGCAGGUAAUGAUGUCAUCUGGGGAUCAAUCCACGGCGAUGGAUUUGAUUGCCAAUCUGCAGGAACAGAAGAAGAACCUGGCCCUCCUUCAUGAUGUCGUCGUUUGCCACAAGGACGCCAAAUGCGGGGCGAGGGAGUUGCUGAAGGCGCUGACCCCCGUCACUUUCGAUCUUCCGGCCACCGUGUACGCCGCGAUUUUUACGAAAGCGUUCCAGGCGGCCUUCGCCGCCAAGCCGUGGAACCUUGACUUGAUGAUCACCCAUCUCUCCAUGGAGCCCGACUGCGACGACGACCUGGGAAUUGCAGCGCUGGCGCGUCGCCCAAAGAUCUUGAUCGAGGACGUGCGCGGCGUGCAGAUCGGCACCAUCGAGAACACCAGCACCAUCCUGCUCACGGCCCCCGCGCAGGGUGAGGACAUGGACGCGGCGAUGACCAAAUUCGGGGAGUGGGCCGGGGCGAUCGUGAAGCAUGAGGCAAAGAUCAAACACGACAGCGAAGAUAUCAGCUCUCAGUUUCGGAACAUCAACGUCGUCUGCGAGUCCGCCGCCGCCGUCUCGGAUGAAGAUUUCCAGCGCCUUGAGAAAGCUCGCGCGGCCGUGAAGGAUAUGAGCAAGUCCGUGUACAAACCGUUCAACAUACUCUCCGUUGGCGGCAAGAUCGUAGAGAAGGCUGAUGGUCUGAUACUGGCCUGGACCAACGACGGGGUACAAUCCAAGAGCAUGGCCGAGGUGGCCCAGCUAGUCGCCGAGGCCGCGCCGUUGACGAUGGGGUCGCUGAGCACGCCGGGGGGGUAUGGUACUCCGGGCCCUCUAGCUACCAGGAUCGAGGCUUUCGGGAAGCUGGGCGCGGUGCUCGCUGGCGCUUCGGACGCUUUCAAGCAGCGGAGGAAGAACGAUAUCGCCAUGGCCGAACAGUUCAUCGACGCUGGCCGCGACCUGGUGGUUGCUCAUCAGAACGCCGUGUACAAGGUAGGCCUCCAGGGAGUAUUGCGUCUUCUGGCCGCUUUCAAGGAGGCCCCGACAGGCGCGGUGGCCAUCAAGGACGAGGAGGCCAUGUGCGAAGCAAUCGAGGCGGAGGUCGUGCGGCUCGAGGCUCAAAUCCAGAAGUCCACGAACGUUCGCUUGAACGAACUCGGCGCGGGACACCCCGUGGUCGAAAACUUCGACAAGGGGGUCGACGACAAGAUUGACUUUCUCCGCGGCUUGCAAACCGCCGCCAAGGUGGCAUGCCGCGCGCGGGCGCUCUCUGCCGGGGCGGAGUGCAAGCCCCCGCGCAAGUCCAAGGACCUGGAGAUGAGCAAGAUCCUCGACGACGCAGGAGUGGCCGCAGUCCUCACUUGGUGUCGCAAGGUCCAAGGCGCGGAUGGCGACGCUGGGGAGGCUGGCGCGGUCUGCGAUGCGGCGGGCGCCGGGCCCUCCGCGCCGGCUACGUCGCCGCCUACGGGGCAGUCGUCCGCGGGGGCCAGCAGUGGCGAGGCUGCGCCAGAGCAAGCGGGCGAGGCCAUGUCCACUGACGGCGGCGGCGCCGCGCAGGCCGAAGCCGACCCCCCCGCGCCCGCGACGGCGCCGCCCGGCACCAAGCAGACCUACUGGGCCAACGUCCUUGGGCAGUUGGACUCCCCAGGCGGCGACGACUGGAAGAUCAUCGCGAAGUACAUGGCAGAAGCUGCCGGGCAAGCAGUCGUCUCCAGGGUGCUCCAGAUGGCGAAGGAUUCCGCCGUCACGAACAUGAUCAAACACGUCUCCACGGCGAAAGACAUCCUCCCGAGCACGAAGGCGAAGCUAACCCAGUUCGACAAAAUUGCGUCCUCGGUCCCGAAGUCGUUCGAGAAGGAGGCCGCGAGACACAUCCAGACCUUCGCAGCAGAGUACGCCGUGCUGACGGAUAAGGUAAUGUUCGGCGACGUCCACGGCUUGCCGCAGGUAGCGCUUUUGAUUGGCGGGAUUGCCCGCGCCUACAGGCUGACCAGCGAGCUGAACCAGAAGAAGGAUAAGAAAGAGUACGCGGUUGUGGCCACCGAGGUGACGGGGAUUAGCGACGCGAUGGAACAGAUGCUCAAGAGGGACGUCCCCGUCGCGCUCAAUUUGAAGUCUGCCGUGAACGACCUGUCCCUCAACGUCGAGGCGCUGAUCCCGGAGGGCUCGAAGGCGAUUCAGAUCGAGGCGAUCGGCCUCCUGAAAAAGAAGACCCUCGCCUUUGCCCAGCAGGCGAAGGCCCCAGAAACCGCCCUGACGAAUGCAAUCUCGUCGCAGCUGGGCCUCCUUUGCGACGUGUUGGCGCAGCGCGCGACGGAGAACAAGGCGAAUAUUACCAAGCUGUUGGAGACCGACGUUAUCGACAGGAAGGCGCUGUGGGAGUUGGUCUCGGCGCCAGAUGCGCAGGUGUUCUUCGACGCCUGGGGGGCGCUGGCGUCUGCGGGGGCCGUCGCCGAGAAGAUCUGCACCAAGAUGGGCAUCGAGAUGGACGCCGCUUUCCAGAAGUACUCCAAGUUCAUGGACCCCGACGCCGAGGGCGAGCAGAGCAUCGGCCCGGUCAAGGUGCAGAUCGUGAACAACAUCUUCAUCACGGCCGCCCUCCGCCAGCUGGAGCCGGAGGAGACGCGCAAAAAGCUCCUCAAGGCAGCGCGGGCGGGGGCCCGCAAGGAGAAGGCAGACCCCCACGAGAAGAUUGCGGCCCUCGCGGCGGAGGUCGAGAAGGAGACGGCUGAGACGGCUGCCUAG